UCGCGUUGAAAACAAAGCCUUCAUUCUUGGCCAUGGAACCUACCACGACUGUACACGAUUUUUACCUGCCAAGGAUUCAUUCUAAUUUUAUAAUUCAUUCUCAGGUCCUUAUAAUCUCUGGAGGAAUCAGAUUUCCUAAGAGUUAUUUUCUGUUGGGUAUAUGUUAAUCUAAGCCUGUGUUUAAUUUUUGGGAAUUUUUUUUGCUUAAGACCAUGUCCAUGGAGGCUUCAAAUGGGCCUGUUUUAAGAAGCCAGAGGAGCUCCUCAUAUGGCACAAAUUAUAAGCGAAGCUUCAAUCGAUUAUUGAGGGAAACAUCAGUCAGAAUUCUAUUUUCACCGCUGGACAAAACCCAGAAGCCCAAAGAUGAGAAAUCUGAUCAGAGAAAAGAAGUAGGUUAUUUAAAGAUAAGAGAAGCAGAUUAUUUAGAGAAGAGGCAGAUGUUCUUGACAAGCUACCAGUUUACUUUGGAGAAAACAGUUGCCCAGAAGCUUAAGGCUUCUUUUGUGAAGGUUAAGGUUAUGGCAAAGAGAAUCAUGGCCACCAAACUGGGUGAUCGUUUGGUUUCAGGGUUGAAGAGAUUUGGGCGUACCCAGAAUCGAUUUAUAGGCUGUUAAGAAAAGUAUUUUUCAGGAUUGGAUUGAUUAAAAUAGUUGUAAUAAGAAAUUAAAAUAGUUGUAAUAAGAAAUCACUGAAAUAGAGUUAUCAUUGUUUCUGGAUUCAAUUGUGUUCAAGAUUUUUGCAUCAAUACAUUUGGUGAUUGUAUGCUGUUUCUAGAUUCAAUUGUGUUCAAGAUUUUUGGAUCAUGAAGUGCAAUCUGAAAUGUUGAUGCAAAAAUGUUGAACACAAUUAAAUUCAGAAACAACAUUCUCUCUA